AUGAGCGGCGCGCUUGAAGUCGCCCACCCGACCCUUCCCAACACCCUCGCCGCUCCCUCGUCCGACUCCGACAGCGACGCCUCGUCGGCCGCCUCCAACCAAGUCCAUACCCCCAACUCGCUCGCCAGCAUGGCCUCCCCGCCCCCCAACGACGGCGCCGUCAAUGGCAGCGCAAGGCCGCUGCCCCGCCGCAAGAACUCGUCGCCGCUGAUGCCUCCUUUCAUGGUCUCCGCCCCGGGCAAGGUCAUUGUCUACGGCGAGCAUGCUGUCGUCCACGGCAAGGCAGCAAUCGCCGCCUCCAUCUCCCUUCGCUCGUACCUGCUCGUCACCUUCCUCUCCAAGUCGAAACGCACCGUCUCGCUCCGCUUCCCCGACAUCGACCUCGCCCACAGCUGGAACAUCGACGACCUGCCCUGGGCCGUCUUCUCCGCCCCCAACAAGAAGAAGUACUACUACGAUCUCGUCACCACGCUCGACCCCGAGCUCGUCGAGUCUCUCCAACCGCACAUCAAGGCCGUGUCUCCCGACCAGCCCGAGCACAUCCGCAAGAUUCACCAGGCCUCGGCCUCGGCCUUCCUCUACCUCUUCCUCUCCCUGGGCUCGCAGAGGUCUUCCCCCUGCAUCUACACGCUCCGCUCCACCAUCCCCAUUGGCGCGGGCUUGGGGAGCAGCGCGAGCAUCGCAGUAUGCUUGGCAGCGGCUUUGAUGCUUCAGAUCCGGGCUCUCAGCGGCCCCCACCCCGACCAGCCCUCGCAGGAGUCGGAGCUGCAGAUCGAGCGCAUCAACAGAUGGGCGUUUGUCGGUGAGAUGUGCAUCCACGGAAACCCCUCGGGCGUGGACAACACGGUUUCCAGCGGCGGAAAGGCUGUCCUGUUUCAAAGGACGGAUUACUCGAGGCCGCCAACCGUCACCCCAUUACGCGACUUCCCCGAGCUCCCCCUCCUCCUGGUGAACACGCGACAGUCCCGCAGCACGGCCACCGAGGUCGCCAAGGUCCAAACCCUCAAGAACGCACACCCAGUCAUCGCCGAGCAGUUGCUCAGCGCCAUCAACAAUGUGACGGAAUCCGCACAUCAGCUCAUCUCUGCUGAGAAUUUCGACCCCAAGGACCCCUCGGCGCUGCAGCAUCUGGGCGACCUGAUCACCAUCAACCACGGGCUUCUGGUCUCGUUGGGCGUGUCGCACCCGAAGCUGGAGCGCAUCCGCGCACUCAUUGAUCAUGCGGGCAUUGGAUGGACCAAGCUCACGGGUGCCGGCGGUGGUGGGUGCGCCAUCACCAUUCUCAAGCCCGAGAUUAGCAGCCGGCCCGUCUCGCGACACAACUCGGUCAGCGCUGCCGACGGCCUCGACCUGAAGGCAGGGAGGAAAUCGAAGACGCUUGUCGAUCUGGAGCAGAAGCUGGUGGCCGAGGGCUUCGAAAAGUUCGAGACGACGCUUGCAGGCGACGGCGUUGGCGUGCUAUGGCCGGCCGUUCUGCACAACGUUUCUGGAGAGGAGGGCGGCGAGGAAAUCGACCAGGAGAAGUUCCUGGAGGCUGAAGGCAACGCGGGCAUCGAGAAGUUGGUCGGGGUCAACAUGGAGCUGCCAGACGGCGAGGGCAACGCCGAAUACAGGGAAGGCUGGAAGUUCUGGAGGCCGUGA